CGCCGAGGCCUGGCCGUAGGAGUGUGUGGUGGGACUCUCGCGACCCGGGGCCGGCGGGAGGAGGGGGGAAGUCCGGAGCGGUCAGCGCGCCCCGCGAGGCCGGCAGUCGGCGCGGCGGGCAGCAGGGACGCGGAGCCCAGCCUGGUCCCGCGCGGACAUGUCCGGCUGCGGCGCUUGUACUUGCGGCGCGGCGGCCGCGCGGCUCUUCACCUCCUCGUUCGCCUCCGCGCAGAGAGGUAUUUCUUGCAGUCGCAUUCACAUACCUGUUUUAGGAAGAUUUGGGACCUUUGAGACUCAAAUUCUACGAAGAGCUCCUUUUAGAACUUUUACAGAAACACCAGCAUACUUUGCCUCAAAAGAUGGGACAAGUAAAGAUGGCUCUGGAGAUGGAAAUAAGAAAUCUGUGAGCGAGGGAAGCAGUAAGAAGUCAGGCUCUGGGAACUCUGGGAAAGGUGGAAACCAACUGCGCUGUCCUAAAUGUGGUGAUUUGUGCACCCAUGUCGAGACUUUUGUGUCAUCAACCCGUUUUGUGAAGUGUGAAAAAUGUCAUCAUUUUUUUGUUGUGCUGUCUGAGGCUGACUCAAAGAAAAGCAUAAUUAAAGAGCCAGAGUCAGCAGCGGAGGCUGUGAAAUUGGCAUUUCAACAAAAACCACCACCUCCCCCCAAGAAGAUUUAUAACUACCUCGACAAGUAUGUUGUUGGCCAGUCAUUCGCUAAGAAGGUGCUUUCAGUUGCUGUGUACAAUCAUUACAAGAGAAUUUAUAAUAACAUCCCAGCUAAUUUGAGACAACAAGCAGAGGUUGAGAAGCAGACAUCUUUAACACCAAGAGAGUUGGAGAUCAGAAGACGGGAGGAUGAAUACAGAUUCACAAAAUUACUUCAGAUCGCUGGCAUCAGUCCACAUGGUAAUGCUUUAGGAGCGUCAAUGCAGCAACAAGUGAAUCAACAAAUACCUCAAGAAAAACGAGGAGGAGAAGUAUUAGAUUCUUCCCACGAUGACAUAAAACUUGAAAAGAGUAAUAUUCUGCUUCUUGGACCGACUGGGUCAGGUAAAACUCUACUGGCACAAACGCUAGCUAAAUGCCUUGAUGUCCCUUUUGCCAUCUGCGACUGUACCACUUUGACUCAGGCUGGUUACGUGGGUGAAGAUAUUGAAUCUGUGAUCGCCAAACUGCUCCAGGAUGCCAAUUACAAUGUAGAAAAAGCUCAACAAGGAAUUGUCUUUCUGGAUGAAGUAGAUAAGAUUGGCAGUGUGCCAGGCAUUCAUCAAUUACGGGAUGUAGGUGGAGAAGGCGUUCAGCAAGGUUUGUUAAAACUAUUAGAAGGCACAAUAGUCAACGUUCCAGAAAAAAAUUCACGCAAACUACGUGGAGAAACAGUGCAAGUUGAUACCACAAAUGUGCUGUUUGUUGCAUCUGGUGCUUUCAAUGGUUUAGACAGAAUCAUCAGCAGAAGGAAAAAUGAAAAGUACCUGGGCUUUGGAACACCCUCAAACCUGGGAAAGGGCAGGAGGGCUGCAGCCGCUGCUGAUCUCGCCAACCGGAGUGGAGAGUCGAACACUCACCAGGACAUUGAAGAAAAGGACCGUCUGUUACGUCAUGUGGAAGCCAGAGACCUCAUUGAGUUCGGCAUGAUUCCUGAGUUUGUGGGCCGGUUGCCUGUGGUGGUCCCUUUGCACAGUCUUGAUGAAAAGACACUUGUCCAGAUACUAACCGAGCCACGUAAUGCCGUUAUUCCUCAGUACCAGGCGCUGUUCAGCAUGGACAAGUGUGAACUGAAUGUUACUGAGGAUGCUUUGAAGGCGAUAGCCAGACUGGCACUAGAACGAAAGACUGGUGCACGUGGCCUUCGAUCCAUAAUGGAAAAGCUGUUACUAGAACCAAUGUUUGAAGUCCCUAAUUCUGAUAUUGUAUGUGUGGAGGUUGACAAAGAAGUAGUAGAAGGGAAAAAGGAACCAGGAUACAUCCGGGCUGCAACGAAAGAAUCAUCUGAAGAGGAGUACGACUCAGGAGUUGAAGAAGAAGGAUGGCCUCGCCAGGCAGAUGCUGCCAACAGCUGAACUGUCAGGCGCUGCUGCCCUGUAUAUAAAGCAUUUCCUUUUCACUAGGGUCGUGACUGUCUUUUCCAUUUGCCAUUAAAACCAGUGGAUCUCUCGGAUAUCAUACAUGGUCAGAGCCUUUAAGAUAAAAAUCAGAUCAUGUAUACUAUGUAACAUCACAUUGAUUUAUACAGAGAACAUUGUGUGGACUUUAAUGACACAGUGUUCAGAGAUUUAAAAAAAGAAAGUAUAUUAUUUUGGUUCCAUUUUUUUUAAAAUAUGCUUUAACAAAAUUCUCAGCCGAACGUUCUUUUAAGCAAUGCAGGUAUUGCAGUAACUCAAUUUUACAAUAAUGUUACUCUACAAAUGGGAAAACAAAUUGAAGAUUAGGGUAUAGUUCUUGAGUUUAACCAGAUUUUUUUCCUGAAAAUGAGAAUUUUAUUCAUUGGGGAAAAAAGGAAUAGAUAGUUUCCAAGCAGUCGAGCGUUUUAUGGAAAAGAACCCCAUCCCCCUCAUAUUUCAUGGACAAAGGAAACACCUCACCACCAUCACCAUAUUUUGUUGAUUUGUUUAGCUGCAUUCUUAGUUUUAAUCUGCUAAUGCAUGACACUAACUUUCCAACUGGUACUGUGAGAGAGAAUUAUUCUUGUGAACUAAAUUGACUGUCAUCUUUGAACCGGAAAUGAGCAGAUGGAAUUGAAGUCUGCCUUAAAUCAUUGGAAAAAAGAUUACCUACACAUCUAAUUCUAAAAGUAGGAUGUAACAUCAGGCAAACAUAUUGUCCUAUUUUAUAAUAGUUCACUUACCUAAAAGUACUUUGCUCAUUUAGCUUUUUGGUGCUGGAUACUUCUUUGGCUUCAUAGAACAGUUUUUAAAAAUGUUUUGCUUGCAGCAGCAAUUAAUGUGUUAACACUAAAAUGUGUUACUAACUCCCAUUAUAGAAUAAAACUAAACAGUUGGAGAAAAUUGGAAGACUUAAAAAUCAAUUGGUUUUACUUGAUUCCAUAAAUUAAUUACUAAAAUAUUUGGAUACCUUUUAAGCCUUUUUCUUCUAGAAUUCUGUUACACGUUUCUGUAUUAGUCACUUAGUUCAGCCUCAUUGGAAAUUGUUAAAAUCAGAGUACAUUUAAAUAUCUGUCUUUAAUUUUUUUGGUUUAUAGACUUGAUUUUUCUGUUACUCCUUAAAAAAAGAACCUUGAGCUGUUAGAAAAUUCUAAGUCCUGUUGAUGAAGAGUUGGGCUUUCUAUGAUGUGAUGUAGUAAGAGAUGUGAGAGAUACUAUUAAUGACUGGAAUAGGACCAGAAAUGUACUUUAUUUGCAGGGUGUUGAAAACUGGUUGCUUUAGUAUGAAACAAACAGGCUAUCCUUCUUUGUCUCUCUAGUAAUCCUUAAAGGUCUUCUCAGGAAAUCUGUCAUAUAUAACUGUUCAUUAUCUUUCUCUUACAGUAUCAUCAUUUUCCUUUUUGUAGAGUGAAAUUUGGAGUAGCUUCUAAAGAUAUUAAGGGUACUCUUCCAGAAAUGAACUGGAAGACACAUGUGACUACACAACAACUCACACUUGGUUUGGAAGUUGUUAACAAGGCAUAAUCGAUGUUUUUAAAUCAAACACAACUGAGUAUAUCUACAAUUUGUAUCUUGGAACAUAUGUUCUGGCAUUUGAAUAAAACAAAAGGACUAAAUAAGAGUGUG